UAGGAAGCAACAGCAAUGGCACUCAGGGCAAAGGCAGAUGUGUGGCUGGCAAUACCCUGGCAGUGCCUGCACAAGAAGAGGGCAAUGGGCACCACAGCAGCCCUUGCCCCUAACACACUGCAUCCCUUUGAAGCCAUACCACAGUACUCCAGAAACAGGUGGCUGAAGAUGCUCCAGAUCCUGAGGGAGCAGGGCCAAGAGAACUUGCACCUGGAGAUGCAUCAGGCCUUCCAGGAGCUGGGGCCCAUUUUCAGGUACAGCAUAGGAAGAACACAGAUUGUGUCUGUGAUGUUGCCAGAGGAUGCUGAGAAGAUAUCCCAGGUAGACAGUACAGAGCCCUGCCGCAUGCCCUUGGAACCAUGGGUAGCCCACAGAGAACAUCGUGGCCUGAGAUGUGGAGUGUUCUUGCUAAAUGGGCCUGAAUGGCGUGUCAACCGAAUGAGGCUCAACCCACAUGUGCUAUCACCAAAGGCUGUUCAGAAGUUUGUCCCCAUGGUGGACAUGGUAGCAAGGGACUUCUUGGAGGCCCUGAAGAAGAAGGUGCUGGUGAAUGCCCAUGGCAGCUUCUCAAUGGACUUUCAUUCCAGUGUGUUCAACUAUACCAUAGAAGCCAGCCACUAUGUUCUUUUUGGGGAGCGGCUGGGCCUCUUUGGCCAUGACCUGAACUCUGGCAGUCUAAAAUUCGUCCAUGCCUUGCAUUCCAUAAUGAAGACCACCCCACAGCUCAUGUAUUUGCCCCGUGGCCUGACUCGCUGGACAAGUACCCGGGUGUGGAAAGAGAACUUUGAGUCAUGGGAUUUCAUCUCUGAACAAGUCACAAAAUAUAUCAAGAAUGUGUAUCAAGAGGUGAGAAGUGUUCACCCACAGACCUGGAGUGUUUUAUCGGAGCUGGUAGCAGAGGGUGCUCUGCCAAUGGAUGCCAUCCAAACCAAUUCUCUGGAACUCACUGCUGGAAGUGUGGACACGACAGCAGUGCCCUUGGUAAUGACCCUGUUUGAGCUGGCUCGGAACCCAGAUGUUCAGCAGGCAGUUCGGCAGGAGAGCCUGGCAGCUGAGGCCAUCAUUGCUGCAAAUCCUCAGAGGGUUAUGUCAGACCUGCCACUGUUGCAGGCUGCCCUUAAAGAGACCUUGAGGCUCUAUCCUGUUGCUGUCUUUUUGGAGAGAAUUCUAAGCUCAGACUUAGUGCUUCAGAAUUACCAUGUCCCUGCUGGGACAAUCCUCCACAUAAGUGUCUACUCCAUGGGCAGAAACCCUGCUGUAUUUCCAAGGCCAGAGUGCUACAUGCCCCAGCGCUGGCUGGUAAGGAAAAGCAGUUUCCAGUACCUGACCUUCGGCUUUGGUGUGCGCCAGUGCCUGGGGAAGCGCCUGGCACAGGUGCUGAAAUCCUUCAAGGUGGAGACACAGGAGCAAGAGGAUGUGCAGAUGGCCUACCGCUUUGUUUUGAUGCCCAGCUCCAGCCCCCUCCUCACUUUAAGGCCUGUCAAGUAGUUGCAAACCCCUUUUUUGUGCCCCAGGUGGCCAGCAACUCCCUACUGUC